AAAUGAUCACAAACAAGAAGUAAUAUUGGUUGGGGUGUAGAAAAGUGAGAUUCCAUUGCAUAAGGUUUCUGUUAUCUAUCUAAACAAUCUAUCCUCUGUUUUGUUUGUUAUUGAAUCUGCAGUUUGUUAGAGUGCAGUGAGUGUAGUUAGUUGGGUGAAUGCCUCUCUCAGUACCUUACAAAACCCUCACUCUCCCAGUCCUCCAUGGACCUUCCUCAUUCCCCUCCAUUUUCAAACCUCCAUGCUUCACCCUUCACCUUCUCAAUCGCGCAUUCGCCUGCAAAAGCCUCGAAAUCGCCUCGCCCAGCCUCUCCCUCCAUUCCAACGUUCCACCAAAUUCCAAACACGUCGACGUCGCCACUCUCAGCAAUCUCUGCGUGGACAUCGUCCUCAAUGUCCCGCAGCUCCCCCCUCCCUCGCCGGUUCAACGCAAGGCCUUCGUGGACCGUUUGGCUCAGUCUCCCCCUGACAAGAAAUAUUGGGAAGCAGGUGGGAACAGCAAUAUGGCUAUAGCAGCUGCAAGGUUAGGACUUAACUGCAUUUCUAUCGGUCAUGUGGGUAAUGAAAUCUAUGGGAAGUUUCUGUCAGACGUGCUUCAUGAUGAGGGCAUUGGUUUGGUUGGGAUACUUUCUAAUGACAAUAGUGACAAUAUCGUCGACAGCUCUAGUAGUGACAGUGGCUCUUAUGAUACUCUUCUAUGUUGGGUUCUUGUUGAUCCUCUGCAAAGACAUGGAUUUUGCAGUCGGGCUGAUUUUAGCAAGGAGCCUGCAUUUCAUUGGAUGAGUAAAUUGUCCAGUGAAGUUAAAAUAGCUAUUGAAAAUUCGAAGGUCUUGUUCUGUAAUGGCUAUGGCUUUGACGAGCUCUCUCCUGGUGCGAUACUCUCAGCAAUGGAAUAUGCUGUUGAAGUUGGCACAUCAAUCUUCUUUGAUCCUGGGCCACGAGGAAAGGAACUCUCCACUGGGAGCCCUGAUGAACAAAGAGCUCUUAACCAGUUAUUGAGAAUGAGUGACGUUCUUCUUCUGACUUCUGACGAGGCUGAGUCAUUAACUGGCAUAGAAGAUCCAAUAUUAGCAGGGCUGGAGUUUCUCAAAAGAGGGAUCCGCACGAAAUGGGUGAUUGUAAAAAUGGGUUCUAAGGGUUCAAUUAUAAUAACGGCAUCUAGUAUAGCUUGUGCACCUGGAUUCAAGGUGAAUGUUAUUGAUACUGUUGGUUGUGGAGACAGUUUUGUAGCUGCUAUUGCCUAUGGUUUUAUACAUAAUAUGCCACUGGUUAAUACGUUGGCAAUUGCAAAUGCAGUGGGUGCUGCAACAGCCAUGGGCUGUGGUGCUGGUAGGAAUGUAGCAACACUAGAGAAGGUAGUAGACUUAAUAAGAUCAUCAAACCUCAGCGAAGAUGAUGAAUUUUGGUUUGACAUACUUGAAAAGAAUAUGGUAUCUCAGGAAAUAACAUAUCUGUCUAAUGUUAUGAAAGGAAACAGAAACCAUCUCAACCUUGUCUCAUUUGACAAAGUUGUCUCUGAGCUCUUGCCCAGGCUUGAACUUCCACAAACAGUAGGGAAUGUGUCUACUUGAUAGAUUGUCGAAAAAUGGGUUGCAACCACUGCGAUAUCUAUUCUUGUAAAAGAACUCUUCUGAUUUUCGGGUUCUUAGCUUCUUUCUGUAAAAGUUAAAGCUUAAGCAUUUAUAUAACAGUUUAUCACUCAACAAGGUUACAUAAAUUGCCGUAGCUAAAAUGCUUUGAGCAAAUACAUGAAAGGUAGCUAGCUUAUCAUCAAGCAUUUUAACGGAUUUUUGGCAUUUCAGUCUCAACAGUAUUCCUCUGAUUUUGAUUUCAAAGGGAUUUUUACUCCACGAACCAGAACCAGAACCAGUGGGGCAGAGCUUUUAUCCUGAGACCCCAAUUUUUUUGCUUCAUUUUUGUGUGAAUGCUUUUCAAACACUGAUAUGUAAUAGUCUCAUUUUUACAUAGUUGAUUUUUGACACGAAAA